GUUGUCGUGUAAAUGAACGGCCAAAACACAAAAUGACCGUAGACAUAAUCAUCAUUUCUAUUCAUUUUCCACUGAAUUAACUUCUUAAGCAAUUUGAGCUACAGUAGCUCAUCAAUGAGUCUUGUCCGCCCAUGACCCUGUCGCCGGUUCACCACUGUUCCUUCCUUGGACCACUUUUGAUACACUCAAAAAAAAAAAGGUGCUAUAUAGCACUAAAAGUGGUUCUUGGCUCGUAAUCAUAGGGAAACCACUUUUGGUGCUAUGUAGAACCCAUACGAGGUCCCAUAUCACAUUUUAUUUCUUCAACAAAAAUGGUGCUAAACUUCACCAACAGUGGUUCUUUGGCUCGUAAAGAACCUUUAAAAGGGCUUAACAGGUUCUUUGAACGGCAGUGGUGCUAUAUAGCACCUUAACCACCCCAAAGAACCACUGAAGAACCAUACAGGGGCUUAACAGGUUCUGUAUACGGUAGCGGUGCUAUAUAGCACCUCAGUCAUUCCAAAGAACCGCUGAAGAACCGCUUUUAGAGUGAUACUGACCACUGCAGACCGGGAACACCCCACAAGAGCUGCAGUUUUGGAGAUGCUCUGACCCAGUCGUCUAGCCAUCACAAUUUGGCUCUUGUCAAACUCGCUCAAAUCCUUACGCUUGCCCAUUUUCUUGCUUAUUUUCCUAUAAAGAACAUGGGUAUAAAGAACCCUGGUUCAAGUGACCCCGAUGCUAUAACGAGAAGCACAAUUCAUAUAAGCUGUUGAGACAUCAGUGUAUUUCACCAGAACACUACAGGUGUCUGACCACUAGAGGGAGUCAACAGGCAACCAUAUGUGAUGUCUAUACUGUACUGUACUGUACAUAAGUGAUGGAUCAUUCGGUUUCACGUCUGUAGCUCGUUUAUAAAGCGUUUUAACUGGUGGUUCCAACAUUUGGAGUUUUCUAACAGAGGAGUGAAUAUUCAUUUCAUGAACGGGAAAGUACCUGAUGCGUCACUGGAAGCAAAAUCUGUGAAUUUGUCACGCCAACUUUAUCACACAUGCUGUAAGGAAUUCAUAUCAGUAGCUAACAUCACCGGGGGGAUGAAUUUAACAGCCGUGAUAUGCAAAACACGGUUACUUUGUCAACAUUGUGAAAGUAUCUAAUUCACUAGUUAGAUGGAACAGAAAACCAGAAUGAAAAUAGUGGAGUUUUUGUUAACGCAAUUCUAAACAAGCAGCACUUCUACGAGGGCUUUCCUGUGUUUCUUCUGGAGAAUGUCCUGAAUUGUCGCAGUUCUUUGUGAUCUCCUGCAUUGGACAACACAGAUCUGUCGUAACACUAGUUUUCGGACGGAGGCAAUGCUGUGUUUGUGAAUCUGGUAUGAAGUGAGUGGGUGUGUUCAUGUAGAAGAGACUCAUUCAGCGCCAGCAGAUUCAGUCAGCUCUGAGAGGAGAUGAGCAGGGCGGACAGUGUUUGAGCUCAGAACAAGUUUGGAGUCAUUUGGAUUGGAGAACAUUUGGAGAUUUUAUUCACCAGCGGAGGAGUUUACGAUGUCAGGCUCGUUUUGUAGAAGUUUAUACGCGUUUAACGGGGAUCAGCAUCAGCAGGGCUUGAAGUUUGAGGCUGGAGAACUGAUCAAGAUCACACAAGCUCUGGAAGGAGGAUGGUGGGAGGGAGAGAAGGACGGAGUGAAGGGAUGGUUUCCAUCAACAUAUGUUCAGAUAGAGGAAUUAUCCUCCAUGUCGCCGCUGGACGAGCCGCUGCCGCAAGACUGGAAGAGCUACAUGUCGCCGCAGGGCCGCCGCUACUACGUCAACACAGUAAGCAACGAGACAACAUGGGAAAGGCCGUCCAGCACCCCUGGAACCCCGAGAACACCUGUCAAACACAAGAACUCAGUGCCUACAGUGAAUGGAUUUCAUGCUAAUGGCAGCCCGUUGCAUCAGACCGAACAGUCGAAUGCAGUCGUGCGUAAGGCCAGCACAGAUCAACAGAGUCCCGGCUCUACGUCACCCGUCAGGAAGCAGGAGUGUGAAUCCACAGUAACUAUCAACUGUGUGACGUUCCCUCUUCUGCACAUGUCUGAACAGCAGCUGCUCAAACCAGAUGAGUGGAGCUACUGCGAUUAUUUUUGGGCGGACAGAAAGGACCCGCAGGGAAGCUCCACCGUCUCAGGAUUUGAGGUUCUGCUGCAAAAACAGCUGAAGGGAAAGCAGAUGCAGAAAGAGAUGGCCGAGUUUGUGCGGGAGAGGAUCAAGAUCGAGGAGGAGUACGCCAAGAGCCUGUCGAAGCUCUCGCAGAUCCCGCUGGCGGCGCAGGAGGAAGGCACGCUUGGCGAAGCUUGGGCUCAGCUGAAGAAAAGUCUGGCAGACGAGGCAGAAGUUCAUCUCAAAUUCUCCUCGAAGCUUCAGAGUGAAGUGGAAAAACCUCUGCUGACAUUUCGGGAAAACUUCAAAAAAGACAUGAAAAAGUUUGACCAUCACAUGUCGGAUCUCAGGAAGCAGCUGGCCAGCCGAUACGCUGCUGUGGAGAAGGCACGUAAAGCUCUUUCAGAUCGGCAGAAGGAUCUAGAGUUGAAAACCCAUCAGCUGGAGAUCAAACUCAACAGUAAGAUCGAGGAGGACAUCAAGAAAGCGCGCCGGAAAUCCACACAGGCAGGAGACGACCUGAUGCGAUGCGUCGACCUCUACAAUCAGUCCCAGUCCAAGUGGUUUGAAGAGAUGGUCACCAGCAGCCUGGAGCUUGAGCGGCUGGAGGUGGAGCGUGUGGAGAUGAUCAGACAACAUCUGUGUCAGUACACAACGCUACGGCACGAAACCGACAUGUUCAACCAGGGCACCAUAGAGCCGGUGGACAAACUGCUGCGGAGCGUCGAUCCCGCCAGAGACCGAGAGCUGUGGGUGAAAGAACACAGGACGGGACAGCAGAGACCGGCGGACAUGGAGAUCUGACGCCACCGGACACUUCUCGACCCCUCAAUCGCUGUAACGCAGCAGAUCGACUCAACAGAUUGAAAGAACGCUCUCUAUCAACCUGCUGAGGUUUACAGCCGGAACAAGAGAACGAUCACGUCUCAAACUGAGCAGAAGGUCGAGAAAGAACCAAGGGUUUCUACCAUGACCUUCCCACGAAUUUGAGGGAAAUGUGUGAGAGAAUAAGUGUAAAUAUGUUGAGGAUUUCACUCAGGAGAACCGAUGUGUAUGUCAGUAUCUACUGAUGCAAUCAGACCAUUAGCGUUGAACACUGACUGUCAGGCAAAGCGAGUUGAUCUAUAUGGAAAAGUACUAAUAUAUAAAUGCUGCUGCUGCUACUGAUUUAAUUCUGUGACUAAUCAAAGCCAUCGCUUCCAGCUGACAUCAACUGGCAUCCGCAACCCAUUUAACUUACAUAAUGCGAGGAUAUAUUUAAAAGAGUGAUGGAUAUUUGAUGAGAGUUUGGGGAAUUAUAAAGAAGUGGGACUUACCAGAACGGACAUGGAAAAGGAAAGCGGAUUCAGAAGUGGAGUGGCUCAUUACGUCUUUGAUGAAUUUGUACUUUUGUCCUUUGGAAUAUUAACAUGUAUGAAUCAUUCACAGCAAGACCAGAAACAUGCUUUAACAAGUGUUGAUUUCAUGACGCAACUUAUGCAGGACAUACUUUAUGGAAGAUAUAUAUAUCCACCACGGAAUAAAACAUAAAAAAGGUAAUUGCGACUUUUUAUACCACAAUUCUGAAUUUUUUCUGACGCAAUUCUGACUUUAUUUCUUGCAGUUCCGAGUUUAUAUCUCAUAAUUCUGAGUAAAGAAAGUCAUAAUUGUGAGUUAUAAACUCAGAACUGCAAGAAAUAAAGUCAGAAUUGCAUGACAAAAACUCGCAAUUGCGAGAUAUAAAGCCAGAACUGUGAGUUUUUAUCUUGCAGUUCUGACUUUUUUUUCUCAGAAUUGUGAGAUAUAAUCUUGGAAUUGCACCAGAAAAAUCAGAAGUGCAAGAAUGUCAGAAUUGCGAGAAAUAAAGUCAGAAUAUCGAGAAAUAAAGUCAGUUUUGAGAGAUAUAAAGUCAGAAUUGCAAAAUAUAGUCAGAGUUGCAAAAGUCAGAGUUGCAAAAUAUAAAGUCAGAGUUGCAAAACUCAGAAUUGCAGAAAAAAAUAAAGUCAGAAUUACUAUAAAUUCAGAGUUGCAAAAUAUAGUCAGAGUUGCAAUAGUCAAGAGUUGCAAAAACAAAGUCAGAAUUGCAAAAGUCAGAAUUGCGGAAAAAAAUAAAGUCAGAAUUACUAUAAAUUCAGAGUUGCAAAAUAUAGUCAGAGUUGCAAUAGUCAAGAGUUGCAAAAACAUAAAGUCAGAAUUGCGAAAAAAAAAUAGUCAGAAUUGCAAGAUAUAAAUUCAGAGUUGCAAAAUACAAAGUCAGAGUUGCAAAAGUCGGAAUUGCGAAAAAAAUAAAGUCAGAAUUGCAAGAUAUAAAAUCAGAGUUGCAAAAUAUAAAGUCAGAGUUGCAAAAAUAUAAAGUCAGAAUUGCAUAUAAAUUCAGAGUUGCAAAAUACAAAGUCAGAGUUGCAAAAGUCGGAAUUGCGAAAAAAAUAAAGUCAGAAUUGCAUACAAAUUCAGAGUUGCAAAAUACAAAGUCAGAGUUGCAAAAAUAUAAAGUCAGAAUUGCAUAUAAAUUCAGAGUUGCAAAAUACAAAGUCAGAGUUGCAAAAGUCGGAAUUGCGAAAAAAAUAAAGUCAGAAUUGCAAGAUAUAAAAUUAGAGUUGCAAAAUAUAAAGUCAGAGUUGCAAAAAUAUAAAGUCAGAAUUGCAUAUAAAUUCAGAGUUGCAAAAGUCAGAAUUGCAAGAUAUAAAUUCAGAGUUGCAAAAUAUAGUCAGAGUUGUGAAAUAUAAAGUCAGAACUGCAAAAAAUAAAGUCAGAAUUGCAAAAAAAUAAAGUCAGAGUUGCAAGAUAUAAAGUCAGUUGCAAAAGUCAGAAUUGCGAGAAAUUAAGUCAGAAUAGCAGGACAAAAACUCGCAAUUGCAAGAAAUAAAGUCUUGCGAGUUUAUAACUCACUAUUCAGGCUUUUUGCUCAGAAUUGUGAGAGAUAAAUUUGGAAUUGUGCAAAAAAAGUCAUAUCUGCAAGAUAAAGAGCCUCAAUUACCUUUUUAAUUGUUUUAUUCCGUGGAAGAAACAAGCGUCCACAGUAUAUUACACAAGUCAAGCCCAAAUGCUCAGCAUAUCUGUUGUUUUGAUUCAUAUCAGCUCCACACUGCCGUACUGGACUCAGGGUUCACAUCACUGUCACUCAAUGAACAAACAAACUCAAUCACAUGUGAGCAGUUUUAUUUCCUGUUCGUUCAUUCGUUCAGAUAUACAGAAGUCUCAAACAGUCAUUAAUAUUGUUUCCCCCAAACGAUAAUAUAUUGAUAUGAUUCUGCACAAUGCUUAUUUUUAUAUUAAAGUCAGUUAACAUCUUUUCUAAAUGAUUUUUCAGAUGUUUAAACUGGAAUUCAUUCAAGGUACCAGCUUACGCAUUCGGCGGAUCUCCAUUACUGAUGUACAUGUUCUAUUAAACAAGGAUGUAAAUGAAGAAUAACUGCUGAAUAUUAUCCAUUUAUUACGUUUUCUGUAAUAUAAAUGACGUUAAAUGUAAUGUUUUACUAAAUAGGAUUUAUUGUUUGCUCUAUUUAUGUAGCUGUCAUCAUCAGAUGCUAUCUCAAUAAAUACAAAACUAAUGCAAACAUGAGCAAGGGAAUAAUAAUACGGUGUAUAUGCUGAAUGUACCAUAUAUGCAUUCAGGAUAUUCAAUCUAAUUUCUAUGGAAUCUGGUUUCUGCCACGGCUUUUGGUAACACUUUAUUUUAGUGUCUUUGUUGCACAUAUUACAUGUGUUUACUGUAGUAAUAACAGUGAAUUAUGCAUAAUUACAUGCAACUAACCUGUAGCCUAUAUAGUAAGUACAUGCUGUGAAUUUAUUACUGUAACAAGAACACCUUAAAAUAAAGUGUAGCUCAACUUUUUAUCUCGCAAUUCUGACUUGUGAGUUUAUAUCUCGGGAAUUCUGACAUUAUCCCUCAAAAUUGUGAGAUAUAAACUCACAAUUCAGUUACCUUUUUAAUGUUUUUAUUCCGUGGCAGAAACAAACUUCCAUAAAUGUCAAAAUGAAUGUAAACUUUGAUUAAACCAGAUGCUGAUUUAUCUCGUUUUUGUAUAACUGAAGCUGGCCCUGUUUAAAUGGCUAUAAAUGUGCUUUUGGACAAAAUCAAUGAAACACUCGAUCCUUACAAAAUAAAAAUCAUGUAAUCAAGAAAAUUACGGCAACAUUACAAA